UGUUUGGCAAGUGUCGUUCUACAUGAUAGGGUGAAGUUCACAACACACUCAUUUGGCUGGCUGCUUCUCGACCUGAUCAGCUAGACACUGCAGGCAGUAUGAAAACUGGAUCAUGCCUGCUCUUUUCGUGAAGUGUCCUACGACCUGGAAUACCAUGCACAGCAUUUAAAGUUCUGAAGUGCAUUGAUGAGAAUAAAGAGAGCAAUGGGAAAUACCAUGAAAACGACAAGUGCCUCGGCAGAAAUAAACGUGCCACCCCAAACUGCUCAGGAGAGUGAUAUCCUUGCUGUCCUCUGUGAUUACCCCUCCCCGGAUAUAAGCCAGCCAAUAUUUCAAAUAGGAGAGAAACUACGUGUGCUGUCGGAUGAAGGAGGUUGGUGGAGAGUCCAUUCCCUCACUACAGGUCGAGAGAACUACAUCCCAGGAAAAUGCGUAGCAAAAGUUUACCAUGGUUGGUUAUUUGAAGGUCUGGGAAGAGAAAAAGCAGAAGAACUUCUACAGCUUCCUGACAACAAAGUUGGCUCCUUCAUGAUCAGAGAGAGUGAAACCAGGAAAGGAUUAUAUUCAUUGUCAGUCCGGCACAGGCAAGUGAAACAUUACAGGAUUUUCCGCUUGCCGAAUAACUGGUAUUACAUCUCUCCACGGCAAACCUUUCAGUGCCUUGAGGACCUUGUGAAUCACUAUUCAGAGGUAUCUGAUGGGCUGUGCUGUGUACUUACAACACCCUGUCUCACUCAGUGCAUUGAUAACAAUGCAGUGAGGAACCAAGAACCACCCGUGGUGAUGAGGAACAAAAACUUCAACUGGAAAAACAUUCACAGGUUGCAGAUAAGUAAUGAAGAUCCUGAAGACACGCUGGCCAUGGAGGAUUCCUGUCUCAGCUACGGCCUCAGGGAAAGUAUUGCCUCUUACAUCUCCCUAGCAGGGGAAGACAACUCGUCUUUUCUGAGCAGCAGAAAGAAAAAAAGCCAGUCUCUCAUAUACACUGGAAGCAAACGCAAAAGUACACUCCAUUUGCCAGCUCCAUAUUAUGAAGACUGAACUUGAGACAGAUGCAGUCUACAGAAAAAGAACCGCGAUGUCAGAGCGAAUCGUAAUCAUCAGGCAGUUUUACCACAGCUGAAAGACACAAGCAUACUAGCUAGUGAUCAAAGAGGAGAUUGAAGGAAACGAAGGCUAAAUUAAUGCUGGUUUUGUCUUUUUCUGUAUUUUGAAUGUUAACCAGAAACUUUUUAAAAAUACCAGCUCAGCCACCAUAUACGUAAAUAACACACUGCACCUUUAAUUUGCUCAGGCACAGGUUAUAAUUUAAGUUGAGAGACGAACUCUAACAAAUGACAAAGUGAACCAAACGAGUACUCAAUAAAAGGUGAAAUCACUGCUGGAAUAAGGUUUAGGUACCACUUAAGACUCACUUGAGUCUUCAUACUAUAUUGACACCAUCCACACAGUGAUAUUACAAAAGGACGGGUUUGCAUUCCUUUUUCUGCAUCAAUAGAAGAUUCUCAGCAAUAAGACUAUUCUCUUCCAGAGGCAAGUUAUUUCUAUCUCCGCUGCAGAGAUAUGGGGAACUGCUUGACACCUCAAAGACAAUUAAAACCCAGCUGGUCUCUAACUUCCAAGAACUGCUUUGGUGACACUGAAUCUAGACUGAAUUUCACCUUCUUGGGGGAAAACACAAAACCAACCUGUUCUCUUCGCAGUGGUUUAACCUAGCUGUUGGCAAUGGCAAUUGAAAUCAAAAGACAGAAUAAUCUUGGAGUUGGUUCUUUUGCAUGAGCUAAAUGACUUCAAGGUGGGUACAUGGGUAUAAUAGAGUAUAAUUCAGCUGCUCAGGCCCAAUCUAGUAAUAUUCACCAGGAAGCAAAGGUGUCCAAGUGAAAUUUAAAAUAUGCUCAAAUUAGAUCCUACAGCCAUAGUGAGUUGCAGUAUAUCUGAAAUCUGUGCAAGUGCUCAGAUUUCAACUUAAUUUCUUGAAGGCUGCAUAUAUUUAUGUAAAAUAUUUAUAUUAAUAGCUUUUUUAUCUAAACUAUGUAACAGUUCAGCAGCCACAGGUACAAUAGAUUUUUUUUCUGAACAACUUUCUGAAAAGAUACAUAAAAUAGCAAUCAGAGGAGGGGCUCUCAAACUUUUUACCUGCAUGAUUCCAUUGUCACAAAGUAUUUCCUCCGAGGACCCCAAAGAUCAUGGAAGGCGUACAUUUUCAAGAGCAAACUGUAUGACCGUGCACUCCUCACAUGUGAGGUCAUACCACAGAGAAGAUACCAUUUUGUCCUAUAAAACUGCAUCCUUCAUACAGUGACCUCAAAUGUAUGGAGCUUGCGACGUCACUCUGUAUGGAGGAUGACACUUUGUUGAGCAAAAUUAUUCUCCAUGCAUUGUGACCUCACACACACAAUACAUGUGAGGUUCUGAUAUGUGGAUUAAAAUGGAGUCUUCCAAAUGGUAGGGAUUGCCACCACCUAAUUGAAUGAUGGUACAACCCCAUUUGGGGUCACAAUCACAGUUUGGGGACAGAUGCAAUCAACUAUUACCUAAAGCCAUCAAGUGAGCAACAGACUGAACCAUCGUGUACUACAUUGUCUUCUGAUCCAUUUGUGUGUAUUUUUUAGGUCUGUAAAUGAGAUCACAAUUUGACCCUGUGAACCCUGAUUCUCUAGUGCCUCCAGCUUCAAAUAAUCAUUUACACAUGUAAGAAUAAAACUGCACCAUCCAUGUAUAUGACUUGAGAAUGUUGACUUUAAUAUAGUCACUCUACACUUGUCUAAAUGACUAACCAAAGUAGGGAGCACUGGAGAAUUGGGUCCUUUAUUAAGAUCUUCUGUACUUGCCUCUUAACACAAUCUGUGUAUGUCUGUACUUUUAGAUCUUAUAAUAGAUCAUCUACUUUUGUGAUAAAAGUUCACAAUGAUUUGUGUAAAACAGUCCAUAGUUUCAUUAAAAACAUUUGGGAACAUUAGAACAUGAAUGUAAUUUACUUACAAACAGGACUACCACAACACAAAAUGAGCUCAGGAACUCUAGAUGUUUAUACACGCUAAUAUAUUGCUACUGUUCAUUGUUAAUGUUACUAAAGGGACUGGCUCUUAACCAGUGAAAUAAUUAUGAGAAGCAUUACCAUUUUCUAAAUCACGUCUUUGUAUUUAUUCCUCAUUAAAACAAAAUGUAUUUGCUAUUUAGCUUGGUGUUAAGUUUGUUGUCUAUGGUAGAUUGAUCAUUAGCAUGAA